AAAUGUAAUUCUUGUUUAAAAUUAAAAUCGUAUAAAUAACUUAUCACCUGCAGUUUAUAUUCAUAUAACUUGAAAACUGCAUUUCUGGUUAAUGACAGGUAUUCCAAAACAUUACCGAAAAUAAUGGACGAUUGUUAGUGUGAAAAAGAAAAGCAUGACCAACAGCAGAAACAAUGCCUGGCUCAUGGAAAUCAAUUCCAAAUUCCAGAGAGUUGAUUCACUGCAGUCUACUUUAAAUUUUCAAUGUUAAGUUGUAAAUCUGGUGUCAGGAAGCUGAGAAGGAUCAGAAAGAUCAAUUUCCUAGGAUAUCAUAGACCCUUUCACUGUGUUUGUCCUUUUUUUUUGUUGUUGUUGUUGUGGAGAGAAUGAUUGUUACAGCAAAGGUGGAUUUCUUCUUUUAUGAUCUCCUCAUCCCAUCCCUGUCCAAAGUCCCUGAGUGCUUUUGAUAAAGCAGGAUGGCAGAGGUGUACGAAUCCCCGCAGUACUAUGAGAACGAGACAUUAGGAGAACUGGAUCUGACCUAUGAAGAGCCCUCAGACCUCAUACACCUGUAUGAAAACACUGGGCCUGCCAGAAGUGGUGCACCACCACCUCCUCCACCUCUGCCCUCGUGGGCUCCCUCCGUGGAGAGGAGCGGUAGCUUUUCCUCCUCUUCGUCUUCUUCCUCCUCAGACCCGGAGGACAAAGACAACAAAGAGUCAAAAAAUUGGAGUGAUAAGGUGGAGCAAGAGGAAAAAGUUAAGGGGAAGAAAAGCUUCCAUGAUUUGAGCGGGCCACCAGGGGGGGACGUGGAUGGCAGAAAGUUAUCAUGCAGUUCCUCUUCUUCCUCCUCUUCAUCAUCAAAAAGCUCCGACAAUGAGGUCACACUUUUUAUCAAGGCUGGCAGUGAUGGAGAAAGCAUUGGAAACUGUCCAUUCUCCCAACGACUUUUCAUGAUCCUCUGGUUGAAAGGUGUCGUCUUUAACGUCACUACUGUUGACCUCAAGAGGAAACCAACGGACCUUCACAACCUGGCACCAGGAACACACCCGCCCUUCCUCACCUUCCAGGGGGAGGUACUGACCGAUGUCAACAAAAUUGAAGAGUACCUGGAGGCAAAGCUGACUCCACCAAAGUAUCCAAAACUGGCAGCAAAGAACCAUGAAUCCAACACAGCAGGAAACGACGUGUUCGCCAGGUUCUCGGCUUAUGUAAAGAACACCAGACCAGAUAAACACAGAGAUUUAGAGAAGAGUCUGAACAAGGCUUUGUCUAAACUGGACGAGUAUCUGAUGAAUCCACUACCUGAGGAGGUCCAGGGGGGGCGCCACAACGGGAAAGGUGAAAGUACUCGCAAAUAUCUGGACGGAGAUGAGCUGACAUUGGCCGACUGCAACCUUCUACCUAAACUUCAUGUUGUCAAGGUAGUGGCAAAGAAAUACAGAAAGUAUGACAUCCCGUCUGAGUUCAGAGGUGUGUGGCGCUACCUUGGAAACGCCUACGUCCGGGAUGAGUUCAGUAACACGUGCGCAGCAGACAUAGAAAUUGAGCUAGCCUACAAGGACGUAGCUAAAAGGCUGGGGAAGUGAUCUGUCUGAAUGAAAACGUCUUCUAAAUUAUUUUCUAAAUAACAUUAAAAGUCUUCUAAAUAACGUCAUUUUAAAUUUGAUAGAAUUUACUGUAAGAAGACACAUGACUAACUGCAAGUAUAACUCUGAAUAACACACACGUACUUCAGCUGUUAUUAAUGGAAAAACAACAGCACAACACUACAACACAAUCAUUUGUGUAGUUCUGUUGCGUUACAAUUAAAUUGAAAAAACUAUGCAUGAUCUUGAUGAACAAAUCAGUGUUGGAGCAUUAUCUCAUCAGCUCCAGAUUUUAGAUUUAGCUUAGCAUUAGCUGUUAUCUAGCUAAACACCAGUACAUUGCUCAUAAACAGUCCAAUUUGGCUAUAAAUCAAUAAAAUGUUGUAAUUGCUAAGUAUGCUAACAGUUUAGUAGCAAAACUAGCACAUUUCAGAUACAUACUUUAUUUAAAAAGCAAUACAACGGCUAACUACUAUAGCUAGCCGCUUUUUGACAGAUUGACCGCAGCCAUUAUCCAUGUUUAGCAGCAAAAAUACGAUGAUGAAGUUGUUUGUAAAAACUUGUUGAAAUUUUAGAAAAAUGUAAACUGAUAUCAAUGGCUAAAACAAGAAGGACAAAACAAGAUCACUUCAGAUGUAAUUAGGAAUGUAAUUUUUAUCAAUUGGUGAGACACACUGCUUUGCCUUUACUUUUUUAAAUAUACAGUGUAUAUAUAUAUAUAUAUAUAUAUAUAUAUAGUAUAUCACUGUACAGUAAAUGAUUUACAUUUUAACAUGUAUAUGAAUUAUUUGUCAUGGAAUGAUUUUUCUGUGUGAAUCUGUAUGAUAAUCAUUAAUAUAAAUCUGUAAGAGCAGAAUGCAGCAGAACAUAGAUUACAUGCUUGAUGAUGACUAUAGAACCAUAAACCCAUGGCGUAUAUUUGAAUAAUAAAUUUAUUUUCUCAGAGUCUGAGCCUGAAAACCUUUUUGUAAUUCUGUUUGAUGACAAUGUGAAUUCAAGACUAAAGGAAAACAUUUUUUUUAUUUUUCUACUGAAUUAUUUGUCAAUACAAAGUUCAGCCAAAAAUAAUGCCAAAUUAUACAGCUUGUGUAUACAGCCAAAACAACUACUGGUUAAAUUAAAUUUUAGCCGCUCAAAAGAGGAUAAACAUAAAGAAAAAAGUAAUCAACACAAUAGUAAGAGAUAUAAUGGAUAUUGAUAUAUUUCAAAUCC